UUGCAAUCGUCUCGGUUACGUUGUAUGAUGUUGCCGGAUGAAAUUUUGAUGUACUUCCAAAGAGUUUUUCUUAGAUUUCUAAUAUUUUCAGCUUAUUUCAAUGCUUUUUAUUUUAAAUGGGCAACAUCGGAAUUGUUUACAUUUUGGUUUUCCUUAAAAGUGUUUUGGUUGUGUUGCGGAAAGAAAUAUAAGGAAAAUUGAUUUUUAAAAAUGUAUGCUGCUAUAGCGCUAAUGGACGCCGAGGAAUCCGAAGAAAGGGAAAGGCGGAUACAGAGGAGGAGAUUGCGAGACCACACCAAUGUAAUGGAACUACCUGAGACUGAAUUUGUUGCAAAAAUCCGAAUCAAUAAAGAAAUAUUCCAAUACAUAUUAAACGAAUUAAAAGAGCACAUGGCUCCAUCACAUAGAAGCACCCACCUAUCGCACCAGCUAAAACUCGCGACUUUUUUAAUAUUUCUCGCCACCGGCAGUUACCAAAAAUCUGUUGGUAACGAAAAUAUUUCGUCGAUGGGGCAGUCAACUGCAGCCAACGUGAUCAGGGAAUGCCUAAAUAUUUUUGAGGGCCAUUUUUGCCAGAAAUGGGUGAAUUUUAGGAGAAACAUCGAUGAGGAAAAUGCAGUUAAAGAAUAUUUCUUUGAGAAAUACGGAAUACCUGGGGUUACUGGUUGUGUUGAUGGAACACACGUUCGUAUUAAGUCGCCAGGAAGUGACAACCACCAUUUAUACCUCAACCGCAAGGGUUUUUACAGUCUUAAUGUAAUGGCGAUGAGUUUCCCUACAGACGCUAGGCAUCCAGGGGCGAAUCAUGAUUCAUUUGUUUGGAAUGUGAGUCACGCAGAACAGGAGCUAAAAUCUGAUUAUAACAAUGGAAAAACCAACACAUGGCUACUCGGUGAUUCUGGUUACCCCUUGCAGCCAUACUUGGUGACGCCAUUCAGAAGCGCAGCCGAUGAAAUUCAACGAAAUUACAACACAAAGCACUCGAAAGCUCGUAAUGUAAUUGAGAGAUGUUUCGGUGUUUUGAAAAACCGAUUUCGAUGUAUAAUUGGCUCGAGAGGGCUACACUAUUCACCAGAAAAAGUUACACAAAUUGUAAAUGUGUGCUGUGCUAUUCAUAACGUUUGUAUAUUUUUCAAACAUCAAAUUCCAUUGGAGAGCCCAGAUAUGGGAAAUCUUGUUAGUUACGAAGAAGAACUGGAAAACA